AUGAGAGAUUUUAAAAUUUUCCUGGCAAUUCUGCUAUACUCAGGGCUUGUCUCUGUACACGAGAGGGGCACCUACUGGAGGAAGGAAUGGCCAUUUAAUUUCCGCUUCCCUGGAGACACUAUGACACGAGACCGUUUUGAAGCAAUCAUGUGGUCACUGCACUUGAGCAAACCAGAAGACGACGAAGCCAACAACACUAAAAAAGGCACUGCAGAAUAUGCUAUACUUUUCAAGAUCAAGCCCCUGUACACUGAACUUACCAAUGCCUGCAAAUCACAUUUCCAGCCAUACCAUCUCCAUAGACGAAAGGAUGGCGGCAUCCAAGGCGACAGCAAUAUAUGAAAGCAAAGCCAACUAAGUGGGGGUAUAAAUUAUUUGUACUGGCUGACUCUCAUACUACUUAUACAUGGAAUGUUUUUGUUUAUGAAGGCAAGUGUGUUCACACCAGGCCAGGGACUAAGCUACACUUCAGUUAUGGACUUGAUGCCAUUCCCUUUACUUGGUGGGGGCUAUACACUUUUUGUAGACAAUUUAUAUUCUAGCCCUGCCCUUUUUGAGGAACUACGUAGAAGAAACACUGGUGCCUGUGGGACAAUUAGAACGAACAGGAUUGGUUUCCCACAAACCAAAAGGAACAACCUGCCAAAAAAAGCAGAAAGGGGAGAUUUGCGGUGGAUACGCAAAGGAAAUGUAUUAUUUGUAAAAUGGAUAGACACACGUGAGGUAACCAUGUGCUCCACUGUACAUUAAGCAUUUAGUGGACAAACUGUCAAAAGGAAAGUAAGUAAAAGAGGGUGGUGUAUGGCAGACUAAAACUGUGCCCGUCCCAGAUGCGGUAGCAGACUACAACCGGAGCAUGGGUGGAGUGGAUUUAGUCGACGCAUUGAUUGGAUACUACAGUGUUCACCACAAGACAAUGAAAUGGUAUAAGACUUUUCUUUUUCAUUUUGUUGAUAUUGCUGUUGUAAAUAGUUUCCUACUUCACAAAGAACUCCAUAAGUACAACCCCACUAAGCUGUACACACAGAAGUUGUUCAGGGAAAAGCUACUCACAGAAAUGGUGAGCUUUGCUAAACAGUCUGAAGCACAACCUCCAUGACCACCACCAACAUCCUGCAUGCCAGAAUACUAUAGUGAUGAUGCCAGCAAAGACAGGAAGAACUGAAGGAGAUGUCUGGAUGUUGGCGUCCCCAAAGUGAAAACACCUGUGUACUGCAGGAAGUGCCAAGUCCCUUUGUGCCUUACAUCAAAGCGUAA